AAAUUAUGCAGACCAGACUUAAGGUUUGAAAAAAAUUGGAUAUCUAUAGCGCUCAGCCUUUCCGCCGUACUGUUUUACCUUCGAUACGAGAUUGUUUCUGUACCCUACAAUUAAUUGCCCAGCAUGAACCAUUGGGCCACCCUUAAUAAAGGUGUUGUCGUACCGGAAACCGAUCCGUCAGAAAUUCAGAUCGAACAGUUCUUAAAACUGUAUCAGCAAGCACUACAGUACCAUCAGAAUGGCCGAUUAGACGAAGCAAAAGAGAUUUAUGAACGAAUCAUUAACGAUGAUCUCGUUGAAAGCGGUCCUGAAACUACUGAUCCGAAUGAGAACUUAACCAUGACCAAUUCGUCGUUAGUAAUGCUUCGCUUUCUCGUAUAUAAGAACUAUGCAGUAUUAUUAAAGCACGAGUUUGACGCGGCCGAUGCUAAAGAUAUCGACAAGGGCAAAGAGGCGAUAAAGUAUUAUCUGAUGGCACUAGAUAUCGACGAGUCCGAGCAAACAUUAUGGUACCGCGUUGGACAGCUCGCAUAUGCAACGGGAAACACACGACUCGCGCGUCUCGCUUUUGAGCACGGCCUUUAUAUUAUCGCGAUACGUGAAAAGUACCCAGAUCAAUUUGACGAAGACGAUUUCAACGAAAACACGGGAUCGAUCUUAGAUUUUUGGGAAGAACUAAAACAAAUCCUCUCGUCUGGUCGCAUGUCUCCUAUACAAUGGCGAUGUCUUGAAGGAUUGUGCGAAGUUCUUGUUGACGUUGGUGAUUAUCAACUCUGCCGAUGUUACAUGAAUUUGGCUUCGCCGUAUUAUCCUGGCUGGCCGUUGCUACCAAAGUUGGAGGAAAAAAUGGAUAUCUCUUCAAUUGAAAAUAACGAGGAGCCUGCAGAACCCAUUCACAUCAAGCUCACAAAAGUCCGUUGGGUAUCGUUGCUAAAAACGUUAUUGCAGAGAUAUGAUGAACUUAUCAAGACCAAUGAUGACCAAAAUCCAUUAUUCAACGAUGUACCGAUCAUCAAUCGCAAUAUCUAUAUCGAUGUCACUGCUCGAGAAAUUGGCCAGCUGGAUGAAAGUCGACGGGAUGUAGUAUAUGUGGACGCCGAUACUCAAAUGGAAGAACUACCAGCCCACAACAAAACAACCGUAACUACCAGCAAACAGAACACUGCACCAAAAUCCGCAGAUGAAGACAUAGAAGGGGACGUAUCAAUGACCGACGCCGAUAGAACACCAGAGGAUGCACAACAAUCAUCAUCAGCAACACCGACAGCAGAAAAGGAGAUGCAAGAAUUUGGACACAGGAAAGACGCAGUGUCAAAAACUGUGAUUUAUCUGAGUCAGGAUGAUGAUGAUAAUGGAAACGACAAUGGCGAUGAUAAUCCGUCAUCCGCUACUAGUACGGGUGUUCCACAAAAUACAAGCAUGAAAGACGACGAUAAUACACAGCUCAAAGACCAAGGCGAAUCAGCCACUCCUUCUCUUAAGCGAAAACGGUCGAAUCUGAGCGAUGAGGAUGAAGAGGCGGAAUCAGAAUCCGAAGAUAAAAGGACCACGCUGAGAGCCUCCAAAAGGCAAAAAGAAAAAAUCGAGAACGAGGAGACAUCACGCCGCAAAAUGCUUAGCGAAGAAGACGAGCAUUCAGAAUCACUACAAGAAGUAUUCGAUAAGCUGGCCAAUAUAUCUGAAAUCAAGCGCCAUCAACCUUGGUUUGUCCCCGUUGAUUUAGAGCUGGAUGAGUCGGCAAUGUCCCUGUACUGGAAAUGGUUUGACAUGAAAAUAUCCGAACUAAGCAAACGUUAUGCCUGGGACUACGAUAAUGCUCGCACUGGAAAUGGCAUGGACCUCACACUUCCAUUAGCGACAUCAUCUGAAAGCAAGCGCGGUCCUCAGUAUGCCAUAUUCGCAACCACAGAAAGUGCUAACAGGAGUAUCCAGCGGUCCUCAGAAGAAGCGGCAGUCGUGGGACUGAUAAACACGUUAAACACUGGGAACUCAGGUGUUCUGGACAGUUUGCUCCAAGCUGCUCUAAGUCUAUUGGAACAAGAUAUCCAGUAUGACAUUGAUCCCAAAAUCGCAGACCUUUUGGUGGAUGUUAUUGUUUUACUUGGUCAAGAUUUCAUGGAGCAGUAUCUUUUCAACGAAAGUGAUAUUGUAAAUCGCACGCAGAAAGAACCAGUUGUUAAGUUAACACUUCGAAUUUGUGAGCGUAUGGUUGACAAGCUGAUUCAUAUGAUAUUGGCUACUUUGGAAAAUCAAUUAUCGCCUAGAAAAAAAUCAAGCGCUGUCAAACAAGCCGAAAAAGUUGCGAUUCAACACCUUACCGAAGUGUGUGAGACCUGGAUUAAAAUGUUGGAACGAGCCAUGAUGCGGGAAUUGGCUAGUAUCUUUAUAUCAAGCCCUCAAUUACAAUACCAGGAUAACAAGCUGCCUAAUGUGAACGAAGUCAUGGUUCGAUAUCGGUACAUCCAGGGCAAGAUGGCGCAAUGUAGAGACGAUGUGGAAAAGGCAUUCGAUUGGUAUAAGUGCUGCGAAGAGCUGCUGAAAACGAAACUGCCGCAGAAUACGACAUUUAAUCUAAAGUGUCGCUACGACGGAGUGUUGAGCUUAGGUACGAUCAGGAAGAAGCUGGAAUCUCUAGAGUUAGGCAAAGAUAUGCUCUCGGCAAAGGCCAGAUAUGAGAAGAAGGAAUACAAUGCUAUCAUUACGCAACUGUCAGCUGCCGUAGAAAAGAAGUUGGAAGGCUCACAGAAUCGAUCGCAUGAGCUGGGUGAAAUGCUGGCUUUACUCGCAAAAUCAUAUACAAAAGUUGGAGAAUUUGCAAAAGCAUGGAGAUGCCACAUCCGUAUUUUAUAUUAUCUUGUCUACGACCUGAUCCAAUAUGGUGUUUCGCAAGCCAAGGAUGGUCAGUUUGCUUCAAAGGACUCUGAUACUGUGUUUUUCAAGCAUUUGAAAAAGAUCGAUAUGUGCUUGCAAGAAAUCGUGAACUUAUCGCUAGACAAGUCGCUGGAUUGUCUCGAGGCCGUCGAUACAAGCACUUUGGAUGCUGUGUUGGUCGUUCUACAAAUGACCGUACAAUAUGUUUUCCGGCAUGCAGAUUUUAUACCCCUCGUCAACAAUUUCACGACCCCAACCUCUGAAAACCACUCGCCUUCUAACACCACUCGCUCUGCACGAUUCAACUCUAUUGUCAUAAACACAUGGGUGCUGGCAUCCACUAUUAUACAAAGCUGCAUUCCAGACGACGGCAAUGCUUCAAACCUUGAAGUCAAACAUACUUUAACGGACACUUUGAUGACUCUUCACGACGAACUGGGGGAACGUCAAAUCUGCGGUGUAGCCAAAGGCGCAUUUUUAAAACAUCUGCUAAAAUUGCCAUCAAACGAUACAAAAUACAAAAUGGGCAUAUAUCAAUGCUACCACUGCCUCUAUGGUGUUGCUCUCGCUGGCGAAUCAGAUAUAAUCGAGGAGCACAAUGUGGCACAUGAAGCACUCUCACAAAAGGCAGCUGAGCCCCUCUUUGCAAUUGUCGCCGACUCUGUUGUUGAAAGACUUGGUCGCGGUGCACAACUGAAAAGUGAUUCAAAAAAUGUAGUCGACAUGGUAUCUGAUCUGUUUGAAUCAUUGCCUACAGACGACAAUAAUGUCCGGUUGAACAAGAAGGUGAUUGAAAGCUAUCUCUCACAAGACGUGAAGAUUGGACCGUCGGUUGACGAUACGUUGCGACACUCGCCUUUGUCUGCAGUACCGAUCGACCCAAAGCGCUCAAAAAUCUCUCCCGUGUACUUUAAAAUUUUCUGGAUUGGUGGCCGGACGAUACGCUUACAGAUCAAAAAUCGCUCCAAGUUUAACGCCGAAAAGACAGCGGAAGACCUGGAAAAUGCAAUUGAACUGUUCACAAACCAUAUUAUCCUAGAUCCACACGAUGUGAGCGGCUGGGCUGAACUGGGCCACUGCUAUGCAGGUUUGGCUGAUGAGGAAUUGAUCUGGAGUGCCAUAAACGUCAAAACACACCGUGAUCUAAUUGCUACGUAUCAAAAGAAAGCAUUCCAUGCAUUCCGCAGAGCGCUUCAUCUAAUUGCUUCCAACGGCUCGAGCCAAGAAUUAAAUAGCGCUUCGAUGUUUGAUUUGUAUAGCAGGUUUGGCUUCUUGUUGUACGGAAUGGUGUGCCCACCGAUGAAGGGUGCUUCAUUGGAAACGAAAGUGACACGACGCAUAAUGACGGCCGAUAAACAAUUUGUUAACGUUUCACAAAGUCCGUCGGAUCCAAAAAAUGCAUAUAAGAUGGCUCUCAAAAUGUUCCACCAUGCACUUCGGUUCAAGUCCUCUGAAAAGUGGAGAUGCUAUCAGAUGAUCGGAAGCUGUUGCAAAAAGCUUGGCAGGCCAGCUAAGGAGGUGCUGCAAUGGUUUCUAGAAGCCGUGGUAAAAUUACCCCCGCAAACUGGAAGCGAUAGGAUUUUUGAGCCAGUAUACAAGCUUUACUCUGCAUUAGCCAAAUAUCUUUACAGAAGAGAGGUUCAGCCAAACGAUGUUGGGAUCUACCUUGAAACACAGAUCGCCGAAAAGACAGCAACACAAGAGGAUAACAACACGGAUCAGGGGCAGCAACAUCAGUCGGGUGAAAGCAGUGCAAUGGCAGUAACUGAAGGCGAUAGAAGGAUCGUACCUACUCUUAGCAAUCCACCUAUUGGUGCUACUUCGACACAGCAGACACAAAAGGAUCCGUAUGACAUCAUUCUCAGUAAGCUUGCCGCUAUACGCCGAGUCGACAAACAUAAAUGGCAUCAUCGACCGAUAUACCGGAGUGCUUGGAUUCUUUAUCAUGUUUACAAUCAAACAGAGAAUGCGAAAAAUGAGAUACUUGAACUUUUCUCGCUUCGAUCCAACUCCAAAUCAUUCACUAGCAUGUGGAAAACCAACUACGAAAGACCUGGAAAAUUCUUCGAGUAUGUUCAUCAAUGCACGAUGCUGCUUAUUGAACUUGCAAAGGAGACCAGGGAUAUUGAGCGACUCAAACUGCUAAAGGAAAAGCUGCACAAGGCAUCCUCGACAGUGCUGCUGUAUACCGAAGAACUCAUUUCUGCUGUCGAUGAUGCCCUCAAGGAAGCCACCGCAGAUCCGGUUGCCUCGCAACAACAACCCAUUGAGCGUCAUCGGCAUGACGAUGACGAUAUGAAUAGAGGAGAAGCCAAACAAAGCAACAAUAGCAACGACGGCACAACCAGUGGCGACCAUUACCACGAUGUGAUUAUCCUGUAGAUAGCUUAGCUUGUACAUACGUAUAUAAUAUAAAAUCCAAUUGCAUACAUGCAUGGAACCAUGUGGAAAUUGGAUACAUGUACUGCACAAAGGUCCGGGAAAAUUAUAAAGUAC